UCCAGAGUUUCAGUUCGGUUCGGUUCAGUUUUCAGUUCAGUACGUUGUCAUCGGUCGAUCCGACGCGGCGCGCUCCCCACCCGGUCCGCACCGAAUUUUCCGAAAACGGAAAAAGAAAAUCGCGAACAAUUCAAAACCGACCCGCCACCAGCGACGGGCGAUCGCGCCACCCCCGGUGCCGGAUCGACAUCCGCGCUUUUCACCCGUUUUUCCACCAGCUCGCUGGCCGUCGUCGCGGCGGCGGACGGGCGAAAAAAAAUUCCGUAAUUAACAACAAACUCGUGCCAUACCUGAAUAGUUACAUAAAAAUCGAUAGGAAUUCAGCGCGGGGUCGAUCAUGUGUGAAUUUUUUGUGUGCGAACCGUUCGAAAUGCUCGCGUUGGUAUGACAGGGGCUGAACGGCCGAGCAAAUUCGAAAAGCACAAUACGAAAAAACGAAAGAAAUGAAUGUAGGUAACAUGGACGCGGAGAACCGCGUCGUCCUCAACGUCGGCGGCAUCCGGCACGAGACCUACAAGGCCACGCUGAAGAAGAUCCCCGCCACGAGGCUCUCCAGGCUCACCGAGGCGCUGGCCAAUUACGAUCCCAUAUUGAACGAGUACUUCUUCGACCGGCAUCCCGGCGUCUUCGCGCAGGUUUUGAACUACUAUAGGACGGGCAAGCUGCACUAUCCCUCCGACGUCUGCGGGCCGCUCUUCGAGGAGGAGCUCGAGUUCUGGGGCCUCGACGCCAACCAGGUGGAGCCCUGCUGUUGGAUGACCUACACGCAGCACAGGGACACGCAGGAAACGCUGGCCGUGUUGGAUCGACUGGACCUGGACACGGAGAAGCCGAGCGACGAGGAGAUAGCGAGGAAGUUCGGCUUCGAAGAGGACUACUUCAGGGGCACGUUGUCCUGGUGGCAAUUAAUCAAACCGAAAAUUUGGUCGUUGUUCGACGAACCGUAUUCCUCGACAGCAGCCAAGGUGAUAGGAGUACUUUCAGUAUUUUUCAUAUGCGUUUCGAUAUUAUCGUUUUGUUUGAAAACCCAUCCCGACAUGAAAGUACCGUCUUUAGUUCUAAUGGAAGUCCGUACGGCUACGAACGGUACCGAUUACUACGUGGAUAAAAUCGAUACCGAUGCUCACAUAGCGUUCUUCUACAUCGAAUGCGUCUGCAACGCUUGGUUCACCUUCGAAAUACUAAUCAGGUUCAUAGCCAGCCCGAACAAAUGCGAAUUCAUAAACUCAUCGGUGAACAUAAUCGACUACAUAGCGACGGCCAGCUUCUACAUCGAUCUGCUGUUGCGCCGGUUCGCGUCGCACGUCGACAACGCCGACAUCAUGGAGUUCUUCUCCAUCAUACGCAUCAUGCGGCUGUUCAAGCUCACCAGGCACUCGUCCGGCCUCAAGAUCCUCAUCCAGACGUUCCGCGCCUCCGCCAAGGAGCUCACCCUGCUGGUGUUCUUCCUCGUCCUGGGCAUCGUGAUAUUCGCCAGCCUGGUCUACUACGCGGAGCGCAUCCAGACCAAUCCCGACAACGACUUCAAGAGCAUACCGCUCGGGCUGUGGUGGGCGCUGGUCACCAUGACCACCGUCGGCUACGGAGACAUGGUUCCUAAGACUUACAUCGGGAUGUUCGUGGGCGCUCUGUGCGCUUUGGCCGGCGUGCUCACCAUCGCUUUACCCGUGCCGGUCAUCGUGAGCAACUUCGCUAUGUAUUACAGCCACACGCAGGCGAGAGCGAAGCUUCCGAAGAAGAGGCGAAGGGUGUUGCCGGUGGAGCCGACGCGGGGGCCGCGGAUUCCCGGGCAGACGGGCACGCCCGCGGGCGGGCCGCCCGGCGGGCCGACGGCCAUGGAGCAGAACCGGCGGAUGAACGCGGCGAAAUCGAACAAUCCGAAGGAGAACAUGAUGGGCGCGCCGAUGCCCAAAUUGGGAUUGAUAGGGGUGACGUCGUCCCUAAAUCCAAACGGGGUUGGUCUCGAAUCAAAUCCAGCGUUUUUGAUGGGCAAACCAAAAUUUGAGCCCGUCGCGACGCCGACGUCCCAGCCGACCCGGGUCAGCCUGGCCCAGGACUCCGGUCAGUGUUACACCACCACACUCAAAUCCGACGCUUAGGGCGUUAACGAAACUUUUUACUAAUUUUUAACGGGAGAUCGAUGAUAGACUUUGCGGCGAGUGAUACGAAAUUUGUGAGCAGCAAUAAUGUUUGUAGUUCUAUUAGCACGGGCGAGCGAUCGAACGCGAUGAAAGUGUUUAAUUAAUUUAAAAACGAUUUUGAAAUUACUUGUUAAUCGAUUCUUUUUGUAUCUAUUGGAAAUAACGAAUCAGCAGCGGAGGCGAUCUGGACUGGGUGGUUUUGAGAUGCAUCUUCUAUAGCCUAUUAAAUUAAAAAGAUGUACAAAAGGGUAUCAAAAAUAUCCAGUAUAAACUUACCCAAGUCUUAAUAACAAUUUUUUGAACGUAGAAAUUAAUUAAAAAAAGAUUUUAUGCGUGUAAUCGAAGCAUAUCAUAUAAAAUAUUUCAGUUCUUUCUCUUGAUUGUCGCAAUUGUAGAAACAUAUCUAAUUCGAAAUAAACAUUUGUGGUCAUAUCGAUGAAAAUUCGCCGAUGCUACUGAACGUAAAGAUCGCUAUAUUUUAAAUAAAAAAAUCAUGUAAAUUGUAAAUACCUAGGGAUUCAGAUACUAAAAGGGAACUUUCGAACAUAUCCGUGCAUGAGAAAAAAGGAUGUUGCAUUGUACAUAAACCGAAUUGUAUAUUUAUAUUGAAUCCUAAUUUGGACCAAGAAUAAUCCACAACUAAAUAAUGUGAUAUAAUUUUCAAUUUAAUAUUCCUUCCUGUAUAUAUUAAACAAACGACCGCGUCAAGUUGUGUGCAUUUUACAGACCUUCGUGAUCCCAGCACAUCCACAAAAAAAUCAUACAUUAUAAUUUAGUAUAGUAUAAUUUACGAAUGAUAGGUAAAUUAUAAUGUAUGAAUUUUUUUAUUGUGAUCAUGCUAGGUUCUUAUAGGUCCUGAUUAGACCUGACUGAGGGGAAACUUCCAAACGAUUACGAAUUAUAUCAAUCAUCCAGGGAGUUUUGCACGCAUUAUUGUCGCGGCCCUGUAUAAAUAUAACGAGGUUGUAUUGAUGAAACUUAUGUAUUGGUAACGAAACCAAUGCCUAUAUACCUAGUAAUUUAGAUUUUGGCCUUUCUUCUCUUUCAUUCUAUACUCUAGAUAGGAGAAAUAAAUUUAAUAAUAAAGAAUUACUGAUUUACAUCGUAAACGCAGAGUGACCUUUCAAUGGAGGGACCCUCACUUUUUUAAGCUGUUUUUACCGGGAGCGAAUCGAACGGAUUUCGCCAAUGGACGGGUUUUUUCAAAAAUAAAAAGGGACCGAAGAGUAUUUUACUUGUUAAAUGUCUAGAUGAUGCAUCGAUGAGGAAUUUUUAUAUGAACAAUUAACUAACGUAAAGCAAGUAGUUUUAUCCGAUUUAUUUGUAAAUACGAACAACAGAAGCGAUAUUGUACUUGUUAUGGGUGUGUUGAAGAUUUGUCAGUAGAAGAAUAUUGAGUUUUAUGAGAUAAUUUCGAUAGAAAAUUUACCUAAGAGUUAUUGGAAAUGUGUUGGCGAGUAUUUUUUUAUUGGCAAAUUAAAGCAUGUGAUAAAAUUUAACAAUUAUCCUGUAUAAAACAUUUUAUUUCGAUCGUCCUGUACAGGAUGUUUCAUUAACAAACAAAACUUCUCUAUUUAUUAUUAAUGAAACACCCGAUAUUAGAGUUAAAUAGUCUAGAAAUAUUUUAUUUAUUUAGUAAGUAACUAAAUAUAUUUUAUCCAAACAAUUUCUAAUUACUAAACUGUUAUAAUAUGCGUGAAAAAGCGAAGAAAAAAAUUGCAUACAUUUACUUAUAAAUGUUUCAACGAGUAAAUUUUAUUGUAAAUUUAUAAAACUAUUUUUACCUAAAAAUUUGUUAUCGAAAACUUAAUCUCUAUUUAAAAGAUUGAUCGAGAGUUUAGUUUUGUAAUUGGAUGAUUACAAUCAUUGGGCAAUCGUAGAAAAAGUAAGGUGUUCAACACGUUGGAAAGUAGGUACUUUUGUCACUGUCGUAAACGACGAAACAAUAGAUAGCAAACUCGAUGAAAUGAUUGAAAAAAAAAUCUUAAUAUUCUAGAAAAAUUCAAUGGAACGAUUGAAAUUCUAUAACCUUUACAAUUGAGUUAAGUACGAGUAGUGAAUGGAAUAUUUGCCACUUUUUUUAGUAGAAUUAUUCUAGAAUAUACGCGAGUUUCUGUUAUCACAUAAAUUCUUGCGUAAAUUAAAUAGAUAUGCAUAAUUACGCUAAUUAAACAUUGUUAAAUUCUUCCUUUUAAAUUAUAGUUCUAUUAUGUAGAUAAAACGAAUAAAU